UAAUUACUUUUUCAAUUAUUAUUUUCGAUUCGUUUCUUGUAUUUUUUGACACAACCUUAUAAAACCGCGUGGAAUUAUCCGAAUGAUAUGCGCGAAUGGCAGUAUAAUUUCUAAGACGGCGAAUCAUCCCUUUCGUACUCUCAUUCCUUUCCAUUCAUCCCCAUAUUUCUAUUUCCGGGGCGAAUGUCUUGGCAUGCGGUCGUGCCUGUCCCCACCUUUGUAAUCUUCGAUCAAGAAUUGUGUGUCGUUCCAUUGCAGUUCAUCCUUUGUUUUCUCCUGUAUUUUCAAUUCUAACGGAAUGGUUACGCAUUGGGAAUCGAGUAAAAAACCUCUUUACGUAAAAACAAUAUGGAAGGAAGGUCAACAUCACGUGAUUUUAAAUUGCAAAGAACAUUCAAGACAGUAUAAAAAUCCAUCGAUGACGCGCUGUACUUAUAAUAAAAGAACGGUUAAAUCAGCGCCAUCUACAAAUGCAAAUUUAAACGUAUCGACGUUUAAACUACUGGAAAACGAAGAACCGAAAUCGAGUAGGCGAUGUAGGACUGGUCGUAAUGUUCGGAUCAAAUCGUCGGUAAAAACGGUCACCGCCGAACUAUCUCUAAACCUCGCCGUAGAAACGUCAAUGAAGAGCGUUCCGUUGGUCGUGAAAUCUCAAAACGUCGACGUUGAGAAACAUAUCGAAGAUUUUUUAGAACAGCCUCUAGUUGAUUCUUUGACCGAUCGAGUAUUGAUGUGGUUGGAUUUGGCGAUACAAAAUGGUCAUUAUCCCAAAACUAUAAAUUUAAAUCCACCCCUGGAAGUGUUCGCUACACAACCGGUCGCUAAAAAACGACAUAUAUUUGCGAAACAUCGUUUUUCUUCAUUACGCACCGGUCAUUAUGAAAUUACCAAAUAUACUUUCAAAGUCGAAGGCGUCACUCAAACUUUACAAACUUCCGAUAAUUCUAGAAGCGAUUUCGCUAUUUUAGAAGAAGAUAUCGAUAAAAUCGAUGGUAGGGAAGAAGAAGAAGACGGUUUGAUAUCAUCGAGGUUAGAAGAAAACGUUGCUCCAGAAAAUAUCGUUAUUCCAGAAGAGUCCAGUAAAAAAAUUGGCGUUAAAAGACAGUUGCAUAUCUUCUUACCGAGUUUACAGAAAAAUAGUGGUUUUAACGAUUUGAAUAAUCAAUUUGAUUGCUGUUCCUCACAACACAUCGAAGAUUCUAGGGAAAUAUAAGAUAUUAUGGAUUAUAAACGCUUUUUUUUUAAUUUUUUGGAAAUUAUUUCUACGAUUGAUCACUCGUUUCUUCAUUUAUAUCAAAUUUUCUUAAUAUAAUGUUACGUCAAGAACAAAAUUCGUUUUUUUCUCGGUCACUGCCCUUUUUGGACAGUUCUUCAUGAACUGGUUGGAGUAAGACUUUUUCUUUCAAUGUCCAAUACGAAUCUUUUGGACUGAAUUGAUUUUCGUCGUCUUAUUUGGACGUAGUUAGUCGUGUAUCAUAUUUAAAACCUCCCUUGUAUCUGUAACAUUUGUGAGAUUCUUUCCCUUAAACGCCACGUACUUUUUUCUAAACAUCCUUUUCAUUGAACAAUUGCUUCUUCAUUUAUAUCAAAUUUUCUUGAUAUUAUCUUAGAUUGAGAACAAAAUUCGUUUUUUUCUCGGUCACUGCCCUUUUUGGACAGUUCUUCCUGAACUAGUUGGAGUAAGGCUUUUUCUUUCAAUGUCCAACACGAAUCUUUUGGACUGAAUUGAUUUUCGUCGUCUCAUUUGGACGUAGUUACUCGUGUAUCACUUUUAAAACCUCCCUUGUAUCUGUUUGUUUGUAUAAAUAGAUACAUACUCCCAUGUACCCCUUUAAAUUGCGUCAUAAUUUAUGGAUGGCCCCUUAGUGUGUGUAAAAUGAACUAGAAUGGGACGUUCCAUUAGAAUUUAUAGUGAUCUUCAUCGAUUUCUGUGCUGUACUAACCAGUACAUUGCCUUUGGUUGCUAUUUUAUCUAUCAGAUCCAAUAUCUUCUUAAUCUUUCUUCGUGGUCGACCUCUACUCCGCAUUUCUGAUGUUUUCUCGGUCUAAUAGUAUUCUAUUCUCCUGAGAUCCACCUGAGAAUUUUCAUUUCUGUGGUCACCAAGGUUUUUUCGUAUUGAUGUUUUUGAAGUAUGGGUCAUUAAAGGUCUGACAUUUGCUUUAUAAAAUUCGUCUUCCAAUAUAUCUUCUAAUUUGUCACGUAAUAACUUCGAAAGGGUGGUUUUCAUAAGAAAAAAAGUAUUGGGGCUAUUUUUUUAGACAAAUUUGUGAUCUAUAACUUUUAUUUCGACUGUUUUCACGAUAGCAUUUACCCCGUUAAGAAAAAAAUGCAAAAUACCGUUUUCGUGACCUUGAUUUAACCUCAAUUCAUAUUAGAAUGACUAGUAUUUGGUUAUAUACGAGUUAUUAUUGAUUUUUAUGUCUUAUUUUAUCGAUUUUUUUAUUUAUCCAUCUCGGGGUAGUUUUUUUUUCGGGCUACACCAGUAGCAACUUCUACUAUUUCGUUGAUACCCCAGACGUAUAA